CUUUUUUUUCCUUCUUUCGUUGUGUGAAGUCGUCAAGUGACUCACGCAAGUGACGCAAGGCAAGGUCAGUCGAACAUUGGCUCUUGUUUUAGGUGGCAGUAGGGGCUCAGCUGGACCAAAACUCUUUGGCUGGACUGUCUAUUUGACAGUUUCUAUUUCAACUAACCAUGAAAAUUUGGACAAGUGAACACAUAUUCAAUCACCCCUGGGAGACGGUGGCCACAGCAGCCUGGAGGAAAUAUCCCAACCCUCACAAUACUGCAGUUAUCGGAACGGACGUUGUAGAAAGAAGGGUUGUGGACGGGGUGUUACACACUCAUAGACUGGUCAGCUCGAUUUGGUAUUUCCCUAGAUGGGCGCAAGCUCUCAUUGGUUCUGCCAAAGUAUGUUAUGCGAGUGAACAAUCAGAAGUUAAUCCCUCAUCUCGUCACAUGAUCCAGAAGACCAUCAACCUCACAUUCUGUCGACACAUUGCCGUCGACGAAACCCUGAAGUAUGUUCCGCAUCCGUCUGAUCCGAGCAAAACACUACUCAAGCAAGAAGCCGUAGUAUUGGUCAAAGGUGUGCCUCUGACCAACUACAUGGAAGAUCUCCUGACAACCAAGAUCUCUACUAAUGCCAGCAAAGGUCGUCAAGCUAUGGAAUGGGUAAUAAAUAAACUGAAUGAAGAAGUAAAGGAUCUCACGCGGACUACUGACGAAUUCAUCUUCCAGUCGAAGAAGUCCCUCGACGACAUUGCGUCCAGUGCGAAGAAGUCCAUGGACGAUAUAUCUCAUAAAGCGAAGAAGAGCCUUGAUGACAUGCAACAAUUCAAUUUAAGUUAAUUGAAGUCUUUCGUGGAUUGUCUAGCACAAUUUUUUCAUCAUUCUCGUCUGGCUGCCUGUGAGAAAAUCGUGAUGUAUUGAAGGAAAUUACUGAGAGAAAUAAAAAACUUUUCCGUGUUGACAAUCUGGCGAAUUUUAGUAAGCAAAUCUAUUUUUUUCUUUUGGUUUGUGAAAAGAAACUAAAAUUUGUCUAUUAAUUGUGUAGAAAUAUUUAAAGUAAAUUUUUAUUAUACAAUAACUAAUUUAAUGCCAACACCAGAAGAAAAUAUUUUUACAGCAUCGUUAUCACUGAAAAAGCAUCCUACAUACGAUACUCAAAGGAGUUCAGGUUAUUUUAUUUCGAAACUCCUAUAUUCAGCAUCAUUAUUUUCAGUUUUGCACCGUGGCACGACUCUUUUCCUCUGCAAAUUGAUUAAUUUUCUAACAGGCAGUGAACUCACUGUUCAUUGUUGUUGACAAGUAUUAGCAUUUUACAAAGUAUAUAUUCGCCAGGUUUUUCCUGCAUAUAAUGUGAUCAUAAUACCAAUGUAAAUAAAUAUGCCCUGAGAUCUUAUUUAUUGAACAUUCCUACAACUGGAUGUUUAUAUUAUUGUAUUUCCUAGUUGUAUAUACACCUAAAUUCUAGGUAAACAAUUAUUAGUGAUUUUCAGUUGAAAUUUAUGUUGAAAAUAAACGUUCCCAGCAAAUA